AUGGCUGCAUUUGGCUUCGCUGCCACGAUUUGCAUUGCGGUCGCAGUCGAUAGACUUCUGUAUCAUCGUAAUCGAAGACCUGCAGCAUCAGUGACAUUGUCUGAUACCAGUAUUGAUUGGGUUCUCAGUCGAUGUUCGCAACUAGAACAGCAGCUUACGGAGAAGGAAUCUCACUACCAAGAGCUUAGACUAGUUGCUGCAGCCAGCCAAGCGAAGUACCUCCAACUCGAAAGGCAAUGGUUGGUAGAUGAGAGGAGGUACGAACGUCAAUGCACGGAACUCGAAUCGGAGAACGCGCGACUACAAGAGAAUAUUCGAUCACACGACACUAGUGCUAAGACUCUGGUGGUGUUCCAGCGCAAGACUGAAGAAGAACGGGCUGAAAGGGUGCACCCACUGUUCGUGAGCUUUCUCGACAGGCUCUUACUCGCGAACAAGAUUUGGCAGCAGCAGAAGGAGCUGCAGCGAAUGAGGGGAGCGUUGGCAGAGAAGAAAGCAGAGAAAGAGCAAAUCAUGCGAGCGAAUGCAUUCGCGACGUUCCGCGAUCGUUUGAUCGCAGCGAACAUGGUUUGGAGACAGCAGAGGGAGAUGAAGAAGUUGAAGGAGGAGAGGAACAUGAUGAAGGAAGAGGCGGAUAGAGUAAAGCAAGGUCGGGUAAGGGCUGUAGCGAGAUCGGCGAAGCAGAUGGUGGUGGAUACAAGGAAGGAGGGUAUGGUUGAGGAGUUGGUUAACGAUCUUGUGGCUGAUUUGAAGAGGGAGAGGGAGAAGCACGAGAGAGAAGUUGAAGAAAUGAAUGUGAUGUGGCAGGAGGAGCGUCAGAAGCUGCUUUCCGAAAUAGAAAUGCUGAGGCUCGGUCAGCAGGCUAGACUUAUCGAGCAGGAGAUAUCCAAUGAGCUGGAAGAUCGUCUCGCUGCCAGUCUGAAGGAAUGUCGGAAAGAGGUUCAUAGACUCGGGGCGGUAAAGUGUUGA